AUGUCGUUCUUGGAGCCUCGCCUUGCACCCUUACCCUCAAUCUGGAUCUCCAGCGAUGACGACCUAUCGGAGAGGAAGGCAGCCCUGCGACGCUGCGCUUCAUUCCCAGGCUACAUCCCGUUUGCCCUGCAGUCGCACAAAGACCAGGCUGGGCUGACCGUGACCUCGCGUCGGGAGGGAGAGGAAUUGGGCGACUGCUCCAUUGACGAUAACUUGACGCAGGAUCCGUUGGAAGACUCGGAAUGGCAAACGAUGCCACCUCCAAUCGAUGCGUCGGAGGACUCGGAGGAUGUGAACGUGUGGCCUGACACGGAUACGGAGGAUGAUUUCGAAGAACGACGAAAUCUGCAAGCACCGCUUUCAGAGGCGAAGGAUUCUGCACAGCCAGUGCAUGGAUGGACAGACAAAGGCAAUCCGGGUUCUUUGCAGGCAUCCCUGACACUCUUUACCGGAUGGAGCGAACCAGUGUGGUGCAAGGCCAACGCGAGCAAGAAUGUGGAAGCUCCAGCUCGUGGCCCUGUGCGAGCUGCAGGGAGCCACGGUUCCUUCACCUCCGAGCGACCUGCACGAGUCCAGGUCAACCUCGAGACUGAAUUGUCGCUGAGCCCCUCCUGUGACUCCAAUCCGUGCAAACAACUGCAAAAGCCCGUCAACAUGAUGGCAGGGAAGGGGCCAUGCCGCGCAGCGCGCCCAAAGGUGCCGGGCAAGUGUGGUGGACCUACCCUGAUGGAGUCUUUCCGUGGUGGUGAAGGGACAGAGGACGGUGCUGGGAAUCGGCAGGUGCUCCAGGCCGUAAAGGCUGGGAAUGCAGCUCUUCAGAAAGCUCGUGCUAUGAUGCCUGCUGUGAAUGCGAAGCCGCAGUUCCAUCGCUAUCCAGGCGAUUCGCGAUCUGCGAAGAUGUUGACAGGAUGA